UUCGAGAGCGUGACCUGCGGCCCGCGCGGUGUUUACAACUACACUUCCGGCACGUGCGACUGCCCGCUGGGAUGGACAGGUCUGUUUUGUGACGUGGCUCCGGCCGACUGCGGCUUUCUCCUGGCCGGGCGGUACCCGGCGGGACGGUACCUCGUGGAGGUGAGGCUGUCGAGGCUGGUCAACGUGACGUGCGAGGUGACCAGCGGCUCCUGUAGACUGCUGCUGGCCAGCAACAGCGGUCGGUCGAACCACAACAAGACGUGGGCAGAGUACGUCGCGGGCUACGCCAUCGACGGGAACAACUUUUUCCUAGGUCUUGACAGCAUCCACACGCUCACGGCAUCCGGAAGUAGAGGGCUGAAAAUCGACGCCGUCUUUGACGAAGCCAGCAACACAUUCCUGACCUGGACGUACGCUGGGGUGGCCGUUUCGGGCCCACUUUCUAGGUACGCGAUAACGUACACUUCAGCCUCGUGCCAGGGGUCAAGCCAGAGUUUUUGCAGCUCGAGCCUACCCAAGUGCAUCGUGCCGAUGAUGGUGUUCUCAACCUACGACGUCGCUUUGAACCUCCUGAGUGUCGUGACCGGCCCCGCUGUCCAAGCGGUGGCGGGUUGGUGGUUC